AGAUUUGAAGGCAGUUUCCUCUGUGGCACUGCCAACGUGGAGCAAGCAGGGAGAGAAACAUGGGCAGAACAUUUUUCCUUCUGGUUGCUGCGGUCCUUGUGGCUUAUUAUGUUUAUGUCCCUCUCCCAGGGGAUAUUGAGGAGCCUUGGAAACUGAUGCUGGAAACAACGCGACUGAAAGUAAUGAUGGGUCUGAUUUCUUUUGCUGAAUUUUUGGGAAUCAAUCACUCCAUGGACACAAUACAGUUACUUAUGAGAUUUCAAGAAGUCCCAGCCACUUCUGAUGAAAAUGUCACUGUGACAGACACAACUUUCAACAGCGUUCCUGUUCGCAUAUAUGUGCCCAAAAGAAAGACAGAGUCGCUCAGGAGGGGCCUGUUUUUCAUUCAUGGCGGAGGCUGGUGUUUGGGGAGUGCUGCUCUUUUGAUAUACGACCUUCUGGCAAGACAGGCCGCUGAGAGACUCGAUGCUGUUGUCGUGUCCACCAACUAUGGCUUAGCCCCCAAAUAUCAUUUCCCACGUCAAUUUGAAGAUGUGUAUGGUGCCUUACAAUGGUUUCUAAAGGAAGACAUUCUUGAAAGAUAUGGUGUAGACCCUCGAAGAGUUGGUGUGUCUGGGGACAGUGCUGGUGGGAACUUAGCUGCAGCUGUGACCCAACAGCUCAUACAGGAUCCAGAUGUCAAGACCAAAGUCAAAGUCCAGGCCUUAGUAUAUCCUGCCCUUCAGGCUCUUGAUAUGAAUUUACCAUCAUAUCAAGAAGGAUCAGAUUUUCCAAUUUUAACCCCCUCAACAAUGAUCAGGUUUUGGAGUGAAUACUUCACUACAGACCGAACCCUGGAGAAAGCCAUGCAUCUCAACCAGCACGUACCUAUGGAAUCCAGCCAUCUGUUCCAGUUUGUGAACUGGAGCUCCUUGCUCCCUGAGAGAUAUACGGAAGGUCACUUGUAUAAGAGUCCCACUCCUGGUAGUUCUGAGCUGUCUAGAAAGUACCCAGGGUUCCUGGAUGUGAAGGCAUGCCCUCUGUUAGCCAAUGACAACACAUUGAGCCACUUACCUCCGACCUACAUCAUCACAUGUCAGUAUGAUGUCCUGAGGGAUGACGGAAUCAUGUAUGUCAGGCGGCUUCAAAAUGCUGGAGUUCAAGUGACUCACCACCACAUUGAGAAUGGGUUCCAUGGGGCAUUUACCCUUCAUGGUUUUAAAAUUGCGUACAGGUUGCAAAAUCAGUACUUCAGUUGGCUUAUGGAAAAUCUAUAGGAAGACCUACAUAAUGAUUUUCUGGAGAUAUAUAUGAAAUAAAGUAAUAAAAAUCA